AUGGCGUCGCUCAUGUGGAUGCACAAGCACGGCCCUCAUCGCAAGCUGAGACCCAACCGCAACCCUCUGGGCGACAAGCCGUUUGCUAAGGGUGUGGUUCUCAAGACGCUCAUCAAGAAGCCCAAGAAACCUAACUCGGCCAACCGGAAGUGCGUGUUGGUGCGACUCUCCACGGGAAAGGAAAUGACUGCGUAUGUACCUGGCAUCGGACACAACCUACAGGAACACAAUGUGGUACUUGUGAGAGUAGGUCGGCUCAAGGAUGUGCCCGGAGUGAAGAUCAAGUGCGUCCGUGGAAAGUACGAUCUCGGCCAUGUGAUCAAACAACCGCAGAAGUAA